AUGAUUUGGAUACUUCAUUUCUUGUUUUCACCACUCCCAACACCAGCAUUGAUUGGCCUUAUUACUCUUGGAGCUACAAUUUUCUUAUGGGUGAUAACCAGACCAAAGACCAUUUCACCUCCUAUUGACUUGAACAACCAGUCAAUAGGAAUUCAGGGAGGUGCCCGAAGAAGUACUUUCUUGCCAGAGAACAAGCUGCUUGCUUAUUACUAUGAGGAUGCCAAAACUAUGUAUGAGGCCUUCCAAAGAGGACUUCAUGUGUCUGAAAAUGGACCGUGUUUGGGGUACAGAAAACCAAAACAGCCAUAUCAGUGGUUGACUUACAAACAGGUGUCGGACAGAGCUGAAUACCUGGGAUCAGGGCUUUUGUUCAAAGGAUGUAAACCCUCACCAGACCAAUUUAUUGGCAUCUUUGCUCAAAAUAGACCAGAAUGGAUCAUUUCAGAAUAUGCCUGCUACACUUACUCAAUGGUUGCUGUUCCACUCUAUGACACUCUGGGGCCAGAUGCCAUUGUAUUUAUUAUUAACAAAGCUGACAUCUCCAUGGUGAUCUGUGACAAACCUGAAAAGGCACAAGUCCUGCUUGAAAACUGUGAGCAAGGGAAGAUCCCAGGUCUGAAGACCAUCAUUCUGAUGGAUCUCUUUGAUGAUGAGCUCAAGGAUAAAGGUGCCAAAGAAGGAGUUGAGAUCCUGUCUCUUCAGGAAGCUGAGGAGCUGGGCAGGAACAACUUAAGAGAACCUGUUCCUCCUAAACCUGAGGAUCUUAGCAUUGUCUGUUUCACCAGUGGAACAACAGGCAACCCAAAAGGAGCCAUGCUCACACAUGAAAACGUUGUUGCAAAUGCUGCUGCUUUCCUUAAAAGUACUGAGACUACAUUUGACUGCAAGACUUCAGACAUCUCAGUGUCCUAUCUUCCUCUGGCUCACAUGUUUGAGAGAGUAGUACAGACUAUAAUGUACUCCAGUGGCGCAAGAGUGGGUUUCUUCCAAGGAGACAUUAGACUACUAACAGAUGACAUGAAAACCUUGAAGCCGACUAUGUUUCCAACAGUACCAAGACUGCUCAACAGGAUCUAUGACAAGAUACAAAGUGGUGCACAGAAUCCAUUGAAACGGGUUCUGUUCAACUUUGCAUUAGCCAGAAAACUGGACGAAGUGAAGAAGGGCAUUCUCCGAAAUGACAGCAUCUGGGACAAAAUGAUCUUUAAGAAAGUCCAGGAGACCAUGGGUGGGCAAGUGCGUAUAAUGGUAACAGCAGCUGCCCCCAUAUCUCCCUCUGUCCUGACACUUCUCAGAGGAGCAUUGGGAUGUCAGAUUUUUGAAGCCUAUGGUCAGACAGAAUGUGCAGCUGGCUGCACUUUCACAGUGCCUGGAGAUUGCACAACAGGCCAUGUUGGAGCACCUCUACCCUGCAAUAUCCUAAAACUAGAAGAUGUGGCUGACAUGAACUAUUUCUCUUCCAAUAAUGAAGGAGAGGUCUGCAUUAAAGGACCAAAUGUCUUCAAAGGUUACUUAAAGGAUCCUGAGAAAACAGCUGAAGCUAUUGACAUGGACGGCUGGCUUCACACUGGAGACAUUGGGAAAUGGAUGCCAAAUGGAACUCUGAAGAUCAUUGACAGAAAGAAGAACAUCUUUAAGCUAGCACAAGGAGAGUACAUUGCACCAGAGAAGAUUGAAAAUGUCUACAUCAGAAGUGCUCCUGUAGCGCAAGUUUUUGUACAUGGGGAGAGUUUAAAGUCUUCUCUAGUGGGUGUAGUAGUUCCUGACCCUGAGGUACUUCCAAAAUUUGCAGCAAAACUUGGAAUAAAAGGUUCAUCUGAAGAAAUUCACAAAAAUUCAGUAUUGAAAAAAGCUAUUUUAGAAGACAUGGUGAAAGUAGGAAGAGAAGCUGGCCUUAAGUCCUUUGAACAAGUUAAAGACAUCUACAUUCAUCCAGAGAUGUUCACUAUUGAACAGGGACUCCUGACUCCAACACUGAAGGCAAAAAGAGCAGAACUCUCUAAAUACUUUCAGACCCAACUUGAAGCCCUCUAUGCAAAUAUGCAGGAAUAA